GGAAGCAUGUCUGGCACAGGGGGUGGGAAGCGACCCUCAGGAGGGGAUAGUCCUCCUGGCGCACCUGAAAAAAAGAUGAAGAAAGAGGAGAAGACUACCACCACACUCAUUGAGCCCAUCCGCAUUGGAGGAGUUUCUUCUACGGAGGAGAUGGACAUGAAGGUCAUUCAGUUCAAGAACAAGAAGCUCUGCGAACGCCUUGAACAGAGGCAGGCUUUGGAGGAUGAGUUGAGGGAGAAGAUUGAGAAACUGGAGAAGAGGCAGGCCACUGAUGACACCACCCUGCUUAUCGUCAACCGCUGCUGGACUCAGCUUGAGGAAAAUAUCCAUGAAUUGCUGCAGCAUGUAGAACCUAAGGAUGCCCCAGCUCCUGUCCAGACCCCUACCUCCCCUCCUGUUCCGACAGACGCCCCAGUUCCUGCUGUAGCCCCAUCACCUGCUCCUGAACCUUCUGCUCCUUUGCCGGCUCCAAUGGAAGUGGAUGAUGGCCUCCCCCGGCCGCCUCCUGAGGGGGUGGAAGAACCACCACUACCAGUGCAAGAAAAGGAACAGACACAGGAGCAAGAGAAGCAACAGCAGCCUGACUCUGAGGAGAAACUGACUGAUGUACCAGUGAAGGAUGCAAUUCCCGCCCCUCCACCUCCACCUCCUCUCAGUGUGAGCGCAAAGGCUUUUCUGGCAACUCUGGAUAACUGCAGUGAGGAGGAGCUGACACUGCAGCUACAGGACAGGAUGCAGUUCAGCAAGGGUGCUGUGGCCUGCAUGGUCUGCAUCUUUGACCGCCUGCAUAGCAGCAUUGACGAGCUGUGUACUAGAGUGGAGUCAGCUGUUUGUGAAGAUGACAGUCAGCGAGAGAUAAUUGCCACAAACCACACACUUCUAGAGGAAAAUAUUCGACUGCAAGACCUUGCUUCCUCCCUUCAAGGGAAACACCACAAAAUGUCAUUAGAGUAUAAUGAACUGGUUGACAAAGUUACGAGUUCUGAGACUAAAGUGUCUGAAAUGGAAACGGCUGUGGAGGACCUGCAGUGGGACAUUGAAAAACUCCGCAAGAGAGAGCAGAAGCUGAAUAAACACCUAGCAGAAGCUCUGGAGCAGCUUAAUUCCGGUUACCAUGCAACUGGCAGUUCUGGUGGGUUACCAGGUGGUCAAAUCACACUCAGUAUACAGAAGUUUGAAUCUCUGAAUGCCGAGUUAGAGCAAAACCAGGAACUUGCUAACAGCCGCAUGGCAGAGCUUGAGAAACUUCAGCAAGAAUUACAAGAAGCUGUCCGGGAGAGCGAGAAACUAAAGAUGGAUUUGAGGAAUAUACCAGAGGAAGUGUUGAAGGAGACGCCAGAGUACAAGUGCCUCCAAUCACAGUUCUCUCUGCUGUACAAUGAGUCUCUGAGUGUGAAGACCCAGCUGGAUGAAGCCAGAGCUCUGCUGCUCACAGCCAAAAACGCACACCUGCGGCAGAUAGAGCACAUGGAGAGUGACGAGUUGUCUCUUCAGAAGAAGUUACGCACUGAGGUCAUCCAGCUUGAGGACACGCUGGCCCAGGUGCGCAAGGAGUAUGAAAUGCUACGGAUAGAGUUUGAACAGAAUCUUGCUGCCAAUGAGCAAGCAGGCCCAAUAAACAGAGAAAUGAGACACUUAAUCAGCAGUUUGCAGAACCAUAAUCAUCAGCUGAAAGGAGAUGUGCAGAGAUAUAAGAGGAAACUACGUGAGACACAGAUGGAAAUAAACAAGUUGAAGUGCCAGAGUGGAGAUGCAAGUGCGCUGAUGUUGGAAGAAAGCGUGGGUGAUGGAGGACUGGAGGUAAAGAAAGAGGAAGAUGAGGACCAGGAGGAGGAAGAAGAGAGAAGGAGAGAGCUGGAAAGGCAACGUGCACGGGAGAGAGAGAGGGAGGCGGAGAGAGAGAGGGAGCGAGAAAGAGAGCGGGAGAGACAGCGCAGUGACGAGCUGAAGAGGAAGGACUCUGAUGCGCUGAAGAUGCUGAGAGGAGAGCUCAAAAAAGCUCAGGAGUCUCAGAAGGAAAUGAAACUACUGCUAGACAUGUACAAAUCAGCCCCAAAGGAGCAGCGAGAUAAAGUGCAACUCAUGGCUGCAGAAAAGAAGUCCAAAGCAGAGGUGGAGGAGUUGAGGCAGCGAGUGCGGGAACUCGAGGAGAGGGAAAGAAAAGAAAGCAAGAAACUGGCAGAUGAAGAUGCCCUCCGCAAGAUCCGUGUGGCCGAGGAGACCAUCGAACACUUGCAGAAGAAACUGGCUGCUACUAAACAGGAGGAAGAGGCUCUGCUGAGUGAGAUGGAUGUGACGGGUCAGGCUUUUGAAGACAUGCAGGAGCAGAACAGCAGGCUCAUGCAGCAGCUCCGAGAGAAAGAUGAUGCCAACUUUAAACUAAUGAGUGAGAGAAUUAAAUCCAACCAGAUUUACAAGCUUCUGCGGGAGGAAAAAGAGGAACUGGCGGACCAAGUGCUCACAUUCAAAACCCAGGUGGACGCUCAGCUGCUGGUAGUGCAGAAACUAGAAGAGAAGGAAGGUGUCCUGCAGAGCACACUGGCUGCUCUGGAGAAAGAGUUGGCGCUGCGCACUCAAGCACUGGAGCUCAACAAGCGCAAGGCGGUGGAGGCGGCCCAGUUGGCCGAGGACCUUAAAGUGCAGCUGGAACACACUCAGACCAAGUUGAGGGAAAUCCAAGCCUCCGUAUUAGACAACCGCUCUGCCCGUGAAAGGGAGAGUGCCAACCUCAAGAGAGCACAGGAGGACUUGUCCAGGCUGCGGCGUAAGCUGGAGAAACAGAAGAAAGUUGAAGUGUACACAGAUGCUGAUGAGAUUCUGCAAGAAGAAAUUAAUCAGUAUAAGGCUAAAUUGCGUUGUCCCUGUUGUAAUACACGAGAUAAGGAGACUGUCCUCACCAAGUGUUUCCACGUCUUCUGCUAUGAAUGCUUGAAGACUCGCUAUGACACUCGCCAGAGGAAGUGCCCCAAAUGCAAUGCUGCAUUCGGAGCAAAUGACUUCCACCGCAUCUACAUCACCAAUGUCAUAAUUGUUGUUUUUCAGUUGAAGUGCCAGAGUGGAGAUGCAAGUGCGCUGAUGUUGGAAGAAAGCGUGGGUGAUGGAGGACUGGAGGUAAAGAAAGAGGAAGAUGAGGACCAGGAGGAGGAAGAAGAGAGAAGGAGAGAGCUGGAAAGGCAACGUGCACGGGAGAGAGAGAGGGAGGCGGAGAGAGAGAGGGAGCGAGAAAGAGAGCGGGAGAGACAGCGCAGUGACGAGCUGAAGAGGAAGGACUCUGAUGCGCUGAAGAUGCUGAGAGGAGAGCUCAAAAAAGCUCAGGAGUCUCAGAAGGAAAUGAAACUACUGCUAGACAUGUACAAAUCAGCCCCAAAGGAGCAGCGAGAUAAAGUGCAACUCAUGGCUGCAGAAAAGAAGUCCAAAGCAGAGGUGGAGGAGUUGAGGCAGCGAGUGCGGGAACUCGAGGAGAGGGAAAGAAAAGAAAGCAAGAAACUGGCAGAUGAAGAUGCCCUCCGCAAGAUCCGUGUGGCCGAGGAGACCAUCGAACACUUGCAGAAGAAACUGGCUGCUACUAAACAGGUGGAGGAAGAGGCUCUGCUGAGUGAGAUGGAUGUGACGGGUCAGGCUUUUGAAGACAUGCAGGAGCAGAACAGCAGGCUCAUGCAGCAGCUCCGAGAGAAAGAUGAUGCCAACUUUAAACUAAUGAGUGAGAGAAUUAAAUCCAACCAGAUUUACAAGCUUCUGCGGGAGGAAAAAGAGGAACUGGCGGACCAAGUGCUCACAUUCAAAACCCAGGUGGACGCUCAGCUGCUGGUAGUGCAGAAACUAGAAGAGAAGGAAGGUGUCCUGCAGAGCACACUGGCUGCUCUGGAGAAAGAGUUGGCGCUGCGCACUCAAGCACUGGAGCUCAACAAGCGCAAGGCGGUGGAGGCGGCCCAGUUGGCCGAGGACCUUAAAGUGCAGCUGGAACACACUCAGACCAAGUUGAGGGAAAUCCAAGCCUCCGUAUUAGACAACCGCUCUGCCCGUGAAAGGGAGAGUGCCAACCUCAAGAGAGCACAGGAGGACUUGUCCAGGCUGCGGCGUAAGCUGGAGAAACAGAAGAAAGUUGAAGUGUACACAGAUGCUGAUGAGAUUCUGCAAGAAGAAAUUAAUCAGUAUAAGGCUAAAUUGCGUUGUCCCUGUUGUAAUACACGAGAUAAGGAGACUGUCCUCACCAAGUGUUUCCACGUCUUCUGCUAUGAAUGCUUGAAGACUCGCUAUGACACUCGCCAGAGGAAGUGCCCCAAAUGCAAUGCUGCAUUCGGAGCAAAUGACUUCCACCGCAUCUACAUCACCUAAUUUAAAGUGGACUUCUUGAUGGACUGAAAACAAUAGAUGAGAAAAGAAGGGAUGAAAGUGGUCUUGAAGCACGGGAUUACCAUGCUGUGGUAUUUUAAAAUGCUCUAAAGGGCCACUUUUGCCCAUCUGUGAUAGGUGGUGCUAGUGACCGAACAGACAGUGACAGAAUGGAAACAGUUGAAGUAGAGUCAUGGUCUAUAGCACACAAGCAGUGCUUCUUCAUUGCAGAGGAAUUCAUUGAGGUUUUUUUCUCUUCAUUUUUUUGUUUUAUACUUGCAUUUUUGAAUCACCAUGAAAAAAAAAAAGACUGUAUCUGCUCAAAUUUCUAAAUAUCAUAAAUGUCAUAAUCCCACAGAAUAUGACAGACUUUUAAAGUUCACAUGAACAGUUUUGUUUUGACAAUUAUGGCCUUAUCCGUUUGAGUCAUACAGUAACUCUAUCCAGUAAUGUAGUCAGUCAGUCAGUCAGUUUCUAUGGUGACACUCAAUGUUAUUGAACCCCUUAAAGUUAGUAAUGAACAGAUGUGAUGGGUACUGGGUGGACUGAGGAGAGUUGCAUAAUUAGAAACAUAAGAUUGUGGUGCAGUGA